AUGUCUGACGCCGCACCUCCUUACGACUCUUCUGGCUCGCCUCCAGCCUAUGAGGAGAUCGAAAAGAAACUCAAUGAAUUGAUCGGCCCUAAUCCAACCGUUGAGAAAGUCCUUAAAGCAGCUAAAAGUGUCUCGCCUAAGGAAGCAGAGAUCCUUGUCCAAAACUCCAAGGCCAAGUUCCCGCUCAAGACUGAGAGGCAAAAGGAAGAUUUUGCACUCGGCAUUGCUAGCGCCACGUCUUCCGAUGAUUUCAAGCCGCAGAUCACCUCCGCUUCAUCGUCUGCCUCGAGGGCAGCAAACGAAGUUGCUCGUAUCUUCCAAAAGCUACAUCUGAAGAUCUUGGAGGUGGAUAGAGUGCAUGAGUCUGGAUUUGCUAAAGUCCUUCUUAAGCACAAAGACGUGGGUUUCGAUGACAUUGUCAUAAAGUUUUGUGCCGAUAAAAGCAUAUCCAUCCCAGAUCGCGAAAACAAGAUUCAGGAAUUUAUAGACACUGCCGAAGGGUUCAAGAAGGACUCUUCUCUACUCGACAGCCGAUUCCAAGAUCUUAUCACGGAUUUCUCGACGUUCGUGGAUGGAUUCUCCGAAUGGGCGAAGGAUAAGGAGAAAGAGUUGAGCGAUAAGAUUAAAAAGGUUGAGGAGGAGAUCAAGGCCUUGAAGAAGAAACUUGUCGACCUCAAGAUUGCCCGAGAUGUGUUUGCCCUUAUCGGGGCCAGCAUUUUGCCUAUACUUGCUAUCCUUUUAGAGGUUUUUAAACCAGCUGCGAUUCCCAUUCUGAUUGCAGGUCUCAUUGCUGCUGGUGUUACCAUGGCUAUUAUUAUUGGUCUCUUGGUUGCUAUACAAUUGAUUGAGCACGAGCUUGAAAUGAAAGAAGACGAGAAAAAAAAGCUGGAAGAUCAGAAAGAACUGAUCAGAGCGACAAGAACCGAGCUGGUGACUCUCGGUAGUGAGUCUCUGUUAUCCUUCAAACUUUCUGUUAGUGUCCUCUCUGGAUACUGGCAACGUUCAGUAUUGGAUGCUACUGAAAUCAAAUCUUGGCUUCAAAAAGGAGCCCGGGACGCCGAGGAACCGAAGUAUAUGAAGGACAACUUGAACAACGCAGUGACUGUCUACAGUGUUAUGGCGCAGUACAUGGAAGAGUAUGCCAGAGGGGUCGAAUCUCAGGGGAACUAG